AAAAACACGAACGUAAGCACGGUAGACAUUUCGUUUUUAUGUUUUUGCUGCCACACGAAGCGGAAACGAAGUUACGUCAAAUCGUUUGGCGUCGCAGUAAAGCUAGGAAACAUGCCGCGAAUACCUGAUCGAUGGCUUAAGUAUAGCUCUUACAGUGACACGAUAGCGGAUCGUUUUAUCGCCCUGAAAGUUCCACUCUCGGAAAACCACUUUACGGGCGUUCCUGAGGCUAAACGCUUCACUCCAACGGAUGCGAUCGAGACGCUUUCCCUGGGACUGAUAAUCGAUUUGACGAACACCACGCGGUACUACGAUCCGAACGAGUUCACCGACAACAGUGUACAGUAUCAAAAGCUGUUUGUGAGAGGCCACGCGAUUCCUGAGUUUAGCAUAGUGAAACGUUUUGUCAGUAUAGUCAAACAAUUCAUAAGAGAUCGAUCAAACAGAGGAAAAUAUGUUGGUGUUCACUGCACACACGGACUGAAUCGCACCGGAUAUCUGGUGUGUGCGUACCUCAUCUUGGAGCUCGGCUAUCGCGCCAAGGACGCCAUCAAACUGUUCAACCACAAACGUGGCCACCAAAUGGAGCGCCCCAACUAUCUGAACAGUUUGUACGAGAUGAAGCAAAGCCAGAAGACUUUACCACAGGCUCGCUAUCGACAGAGCCCUCUUGACGAUCGACACAACACGCCAAUCGUAGUGUCCAAUCCUGACCGUCUUUACCAAAAUAGACAUCACUCUUACUCGCCUCGUUACAACGAUCGUUACCAAGCCAUGCCGAAACGGUCCGUAUUUGAUUGAAUGUCUUGUUUUAGAAAAUAAUAA